AUGCUGCGACAAGCCGUCCACUCCUUUCUACUCGCCGUACUGGCGGGCCAGACAAUCGCAGCUCCAAGCAACUCCUCAUCAGCCGCCAAAGUCCACUGGCUCGGCGAGAAACCCAACUUCACCUCAGGAACUACCUUUGGUGUCCCUUGGCCUCAAUCAAAGCAUUUCCCCCAAAACACAAAGUUCACAGCCUCAGGUGCAUCCGGUCAAGAUAUCGAUCUUCAGACCUGGGUUACUGGCUAUUGGGCUGAUGGCUCAGUCAAGUGGACUGGUCAUGCGAUCCCUGCCUCAGAGGAUGUCCUUGGUGAGUACAUCGUCAAGGCUGUAGCUGGCCAUGAUGGCAUCAACUCGACUGUGUCCACUAGUAGCGGGAAGGAUACUCCCAAAGUCUCAGUCACUCAAACAUCAAGCGACAUCAAAGUCGACACUGGAAAGGUGACCGCUGUCUUCCCCAAGAAAGGCUCGGUCAUCGUCAAGGAAAUCCAAACCAACGGGAAACGUAUUGCCCAAAAUGGCAGACUUGUGCUACAAUCUCAGUCUGGUGUAUCGCAUCCUUCUGAUGAGGACGGCGAACCCUUCAAAACACUUCGUUUUCAGAGCAGCAUCGACAAUGUGACAGUCAGCGACCAAAACUCAGCACGAGCCCUGGUCACCGUUCGAGGCAAGCACGAAGCAACCGACAAGUCCGGCCACGAUUCAUGGCUACCAUUUGUCCUUCGCUUCUAUCUCUAUUCUGGUUCUGAGUCAAUCAAGAUCAUCCAUAGCUUAGUAUUUGACGGCGAUGCUGGGAAAGACUUCAUCUCCGGCCUGGGUCUUCGUUUUGACGUUCCGCUCGAAGGCGAAGAGCUUUACAAUCGCCAUGUGCGAAUUGCUGGUGUUGAUGGAGGCCUUCUCAGUGAAGCUGUUCAGGGUAUUACAGGUCUUCGAAGAGACCCUGGUGCCAAUGUCCGAGCUGAUCAAUUUGACGGCAAAGAGUUGCCCGAUAAGUCUACAUGGGACGUUCGUGUUUCAAGCCGUAUGCAUUGGAUCCCCCCUUGGAACGACUACAGCUUGAGCCAACUCUCAUCUGAUGGGUUCACUCUCAAAAAGAGAACCAAACCUGGCCAGAGUUGGGUCACUAUUCCCGGAGGCUCUCGUGCGGAAGGACUUGCAUACCUUGGUGGUGCUACUGUUGGAGGUCUGGCGGUUGGUCUCCGUGACUUCUGGAAGAGGUUCCCAACUGGCUUUGACAUCUCUUCUGCGGCUUCUGAUACUGGUUCCAUCACUUUGUGGCUCUACAGUCCCUCUGCCGAUCCUUUGGAUCUUCGUCCGUACCAUGAUGGACUUGGACAGAAGAACUACACCGAUCAACUCGAUGCUUUGGAGAUUACUUAUGAAGAUUGGGAGGAAGGCUUCGAUACUCCCUAUGGCAUCGCUAGGACUAGCGAACUCUAUCUUGUUGCAUUUGACAAAACCCCCUCACAGGACACUCUCGCCAGCUAUGUGUCUCAGAUCAACAACCCUCCUGUUCUCGUUCCCGAGGGUGGGUACAUCAGCAAGACCAAAGCCCUUGGAUCAUACUGGGCUCCUGCAGAUACAUCUAGUUCCGCAUCAAAGAAGUUGGAAGAUAACAUCGACUUCCUUGCAAAGUUCUACCAGUACGAAGUCGAGCACCGCAGAUGGUACGGGUUCCUCGAUUACGGUGACUUCAUGCACACAUACGAUCCAGACCGACAUGAGUGGCGAUACGAUAUCGGUGGCUAUGCUUGGGAUAACUCCGAGCUCUCACCCGAUUUAUUCUUCUGGCAGUAUUUCUUGCGCACAGGUCGCGAAGAUAUCUAUCGAUUCGCUGAGGCACUGACACGCCACACCGGCGAGGUGGAUGUUUACCAUAUUGGCAACUGGAAAGGACUCGGAACCCGACAUGGUGUUCAGCACUUUAGCGACAGUGCGAAGCAAGCUCGUAUUUCGCAGCCCCAGUAUAGGAAGUACUUCUACUACCUUUCUGGUGGCGAUGAGCGUAUCGGAGAGCUGUUUGAAGAGCUUCUUGAUACGGACAAGACGUACGGUGUUCUUGACCCUCAAAGAAAGGUCCGGAAGGACGGCUGGGUUCCCACGCCGAACGCAACAGUGGCUUUCAGUUUGGGAACAGACUGGGGUGCUCUUGCGGGUGGCUGGUUAAUCGAUUGGGAGCGCCGUGGUCCACGAUGGGAAGAGUCCAAGGCCAAACUCACUAGCACAGUUGAAAGCAUUUCGAAGCUUAAGAAUGGAUUUGUCACAGGCAAUGGUCUCUACAACCUUCAGAACUGGACUCUUGGUCCUCCUCCUGCUGAUCCGGACAACAAGGGUCACGUAGACGUCUCACACCUCUCAGCUGUUUUCGGUCUACCUGAAGUGGUAUCCGAGCUGAUCGAGUAUGCCGGUGACGAUCUCCCCAAAGCUUUCAAGCAAGCGUGGCUCGACUACUGCUACUAUUUUGAAGCUACGGCCGCUGAGCAAAAAGCUCGCUACGGAAAAGACUUUGGAAAGUUGAACUUGUACCAAGGUCACUCACGCCUCACAGCUUAUGCGGCAAACCAGCAAAAGAAUGGGACUAUGGCGAAUCUCGUUUGGGAGAAAUUCUUCAACAGUGACGGUUUUAAGGCACCUAACGCCACUUUCCAGACAACAACCAUCCCCGAUCACGAAGGACUUGUACCUGGGAAGGAGGCGCCAUGGGUCUCGACUAAUGAUGUUGCGCAGUACGGACUGGCUGUAAUCCAGAAUCUUGCUUUAGUAAGGGAUGCCCUUGAGGAUUUCAAACCCAAGACUUGA